AUUGAAAUCAAAAAAGAUAGACGUGUUCUUCAGAGAAAAAGGAAAUUUGUGUACUUUAUUGUCGGCUUCCAAAGAUUACUAACUUUUAUCUGUAUCAUUAAAAUUGAACUGCCUUGGCUAUACUGCUCCUCUUACCGCUGCUUCCAUUAUUGCCUUCUUCAGCAAAAUAAGGCUUUCUGCAGCCAAAGAAUAACAAGAAAUAAACACCAUUUUAGAAGCCUUGCCACUAUGAAACUUAGGCUAAACGUGCUCACCAUUAUUUUGCUGCCUGUCCACUUGUUAAUAACAAUAUACAGUGCCCUUAUAUUUAUUCCAUGGUAUUUUCUUACCAAUGCCAAGAAGAAAAACGCUAUGGCAAAGAGAAUAAAAGCUAAGCCCACUUCAGACAAACCUGGAAGUCCAUAUCGCUCUGUCACGCACUUCGACUCGCUAGCUGUCAUAGACAUCCCUGGAGCAGACACUCUGGAUAAGUUAUUUGAUCAUGCUGUGUCCAAGUUUGGGAAGAAGGACAGCCUUGGGACCAGAGAGAUCCUAAGUGAAGAAAAUGAAAUGCAGCCAAAUGGAAAGGUUUUUAAGAAGUUAAUUCUUGGGAGUUAUAAGUGGAUGAGCUAUCUCGAAGUGAACCGCAGAGUGAAUAAUUUUGGUAGUGGACUCACUGCAUUGGGACUAAAACCAAAGAACACUAUUGCCAUUUUCUGUGAGACCAGGGCUGAAUGGAUGAUUGCGGCACAGACCUGCUUUAAGUACAACUUCCCUCUUGUGACUUUAUAUGCCACUCUUGGCAAAGAAGCCGUAGUUCAUGGGUUAAAUGAAUCUGAGGCUACCUACCUGAUUACUAGUGUUGAACUUCUGGAAAGUAAACUUAAGACUGCAUUGUUAGAUAUCAAUUGUGUUAAACAUAUCAUUUAUGUGGACAAUAAGACUAUCAAUAAAGCAGAAUACCCUGAAGGAUUUGAGAUUCACAGCAUGCAAUCAGUAGAAGAGUUGGGAUCCAAGCCAGAAAACUCAAGUGUUCCUCCGAACAGACCAACUCCUUCGGACAUGGCUAUUGUCAUGUAUACCAGUGGUUCUACCGGCCGGCCCAAGGGAGUGAUGAUGCACCAUAGCAAUUUGAUAGCUGGAAUGACAGGCCAGUGUGAGAGGAUUCCUGGGCUGGGACCAAAGGACACAUACAUUGGCUACUUGCCUUUGGCUCAUGUGCUAGAACUGACAGCAGAGAUAUCCUGCUUUACCUAUGGCUGUAGGAUUGGAUAUUCUUCUCCACUUACACUCUCUGACCAGUCCAGCAAAAUUAAAAAAGGAAGCAAAGGAGACUGUACUGUGCUGAAGCCGACACUCAUGGCAGCCGUUCCGGAAAUCAUGGAUAGAAUUUAUAAGAAUGUUAUGAGCAAAGUCCAAGAGAUGAAUUAUAUCCAGAAAACACUGUUCAAGAUAGGAUAUGAUUACAAGUUGGAACAGAUCAAAAAGGGAUACGAUGCACCGCUUUGCAAUCUGUUACUGUUUAAAAAGGUGAAGGCUUUGCUGGGAGGGAAUGUCCGCAUGAUGCUGUCUGGUGGAGCUCCAUUGUCUCCUCAGACGCAUCGAUUCAUGAAUGUCUGCUUCUGCUGCCCCGUGGGUCAGGGUUAUGGACUGACGGAAUCAUGUGGUGCUGGGACAGUUACUGAAGUUACGGACUAUACUACUGGCAGAGUUGGAGCCCCUCUUAUUUGCUGUGAAAUUAAGCUGAAAGACUGGCAGGAAGGUGGUUACACAAUUCAUGACAAGCCAAACCCCAGAGGGGAAAUCGUAAUUGGUGGACAGAAUAUCUCCAUGGGGUAUUUUAAAAAUGAAGAGAAAACAGCAGAAGAUUACUCUGUGGAUGAAAAUGGCCAAAGGUGGUUUUGCACUGGUGAUAUUGGAGAAUUUCAUCCUGAUGGAUGUUUACAGAUUAUAGAUCGUAAGAAAGAUCUGGUGAAGUUACAAGCAGGAGAAUAUGUAUCCCUUGGGAAAGUAGAAGCUGCCUUGAAGAACUGUCCACUUAUAGACAACAUCUGUGCUUUUGCCAAAAGUGAUCAGUCCUAUGUGAUUAGUUUUGUGGUUCCUAAUCAGAAAAGGCUGACACUUUUGGCACAACAGAAAGGAGUGGAAGGAACUUGGGUCGAUAUCUGCAAUAACCCUGCCAUGGAAGCUGAAAUACUGAAAGAAAUUAGAGAAGCUGCCAAUGCCAUGAACCUGGAGCGAUUUGAAAUUCCAAUCAAGGUCCGCUUGAGUCCAGAGCCAUGGACCCCUGAAACUGGUUUGGUGACUGAUGCUUUCAAACUGAAGAGAAAGGAACUGAAGAACCAUUACCUCAAAGACAUUGAGCGAAUGUAUGGGGGCAAAUAAAAUGCUGCUCUGUCAUUUACAGGUGUGAGGGAGAUGGUCCGGUGGUUUCAGUUCUAGAGUUUUAAGCCUUGUUGAGCUGUUAGAAUGUAAGCGGCAUCUCAUUCUAAAGACAUGGUAAUAAAAAAAAAAGAAACCCAAAGUGAUUAAAAUAGUCAUUGAAUCUACUUUAACUUAGUUUUUGCCUAGUUCUCGUGAAACUGAAGUUGAAAAGUUGUUUCCUGUUAGCUGUGUCAUUAAUUUUAGAGCAAAAUUUUCUGUUUUUAAAAAUUAGUCUACCAUAUGCUUGUUUUCUUAAAGGAAAAUAUUUAAUGUUGAACAAAAUAGACUGGAGUUGGCAUAGAAUGUAGUUUGAGGAAAUUCGCAUCUUCUAAUGUGUAUUGUCUUCCUAGUUCAGAAGAAGCUUAAAUAUUAAGCAUGACCAAAAAAAAAUACGUAUUAACACUACUUCAAAGCAGAAGUGUUGCAGGGCUUUAAAAUUCUCUUCCAACAAUUUAUCUGGAAGGCAAAAUUCAAUCAUAAUAUAAUCUACAGAAUCAAAUAGUACCUUGGAAAACAUUUUAGGAUUCAUAAUUGUUGGCGUAGGUUAGACAUAGAAUCAUUGUAAUGUUGUGAAUAAUUACAGUGCCUGAAGUCUGAAUACAACAUUAAACACACCAAAAAAUACUUAGUAAUAUAUUUAAAGGGGAAUUUAACUGUUUUUUUUUUUUCUUUUUGAAACUCGGAGGUCUGAAAUCAGUAACUGUAAUUAUUGGAAAGACUUAAGAGUAAAGUACA